AUGGCCGCCGACAACACCGUAACAGCACUACGGAAAGUCCUAACAGACGAAAACGCCGCCCUCGCCCAGCGCUUCCGGGCGCUAUUCUCCCUCAAACACCUCGCGGCGCAAACCCCGCCAACCUCUCAGACGGUCCCCGCGAUCGAAGCAAUUGCGGCGGCUUUCACAUCACCCUCGGCGCUGCUGAAACAUGAGUUGGCGUACUGCCUUGGACAGUCGGGCAAGAGCGAGGCCGUGCCAUUUCUACGCAACGUGAUUGAAGACCGGGGCGAAGAUGCGAUGUGCAGACAUGAAGCGGCGGAAGCACUAGGCGCGCUAGGGGAUGAGGGGAGUUUGGAAAUGUUGAGGCAGAGGAGGGACGAUGUCGAGGAAGAAGAGGUGGUGCGGGAGACGUGCGACAUUGCGGUGGAGCGGAUAGAGUGGGAGCACUCGGAGGCGCGAAGGCUGGAGAAGUUAAAACGAAGCAACUUUGCGUCUAUCGAUCCUGCGCCGCCUCUUGCCAACCACGACACUCACUCUGCGUCUAUUCCUGACCUGGAGAAGACUUUACUCGAUACUUCGCUGCCGCUGUUCCAGCGCUACAGAGCCAUGUUUGCGCUGCGGGAUCUUGCAUCACCCCCUGACCUUCCAACCGCGAAACCGGCCAUCCUCUCGCUCGCUCGUGGUUUUAGCGAUCCUUCCGCCCUCUUCCGACACGAAGUCGCCUUUGUCUUCGGCCAGCUAUCACAUCCCGCUUCCAUUCCGAGUUUGGUGGAGACUUUGAGCAACACCUCCGAGGCCAGCAUGGUGCGGCACGAGGCUGCGGAAGCGCUGGGGAGUCUUGGAGAUGAAGAUGGCGUUGAGGAAGUCCUGCGCAAAUUCAUCAAUGACCCGGAGCAAGUCGUGCGUGAGAGCGUCAUCGUGGCACUGGACAUGGCGGAGUUUGAGAAGAACCAUGAGAUGGAGUACGCCACGAUCCCCAUUGCUCAAGCGGCGUGA